CUCCUUUUUGCUCAGGGUUCCGACGACGGGACUUGACGUCAGCUGCUUCUAAUUACUCUUCCCUCUCCCUCCCCCUUUGGCGCAAUCCCGGAGAACCACAAGAUACCGAUAACUAUUCCAUGCCAAGAUCGGUACUUGAGGGGGUUUUUUUUUUUCAUUUGAAGGACUACAUGUGAUGAUAGUCCGACACGCUAGAAUCAUUUUUGCAAUUAAAUGUGGCUGUUAGCGUCUCGGGGCCGUUCUUCGGGUUUACUUCUUGGAAGCUGUUUAUUUUUCUAUUCUAGUUUUUUAGUCAAGGACGUAGCUUCUUGACAGCGCCUUCUUGUUUUACUGGGCGAAAUGGUCGCAUAAUUUCUUGCUGCUUUUUAUUUUGCGCAUUAGAACCAAAAACAAAAAAAUCCCCUUUUUUCCUCCCCUGGGCUUGUCAUUUAAAAUCGUCCCAUCGCUGCUCGCACUGCAACCUUCUUCGGGUCCGUUGUCAUCAUUGCAUAUUGCAUACCUACGUAUGUAGCUACGGUUCUUGCUCUUCGCCGCACUUGUUCGAACGCCACGACCAUCACUGUUGCUGGUGCUGUCCAUACGCACGACACCACAGAUUCUAUAUACGACUUAAUAUAGCAUCAACUCCCGCCUUUCUUGAUAGCUUCGACGGCCAUACGAGACUUGUAGCCCAACGUUACCUCACGGUCCUUCCGCGACCUCCAGACCAUGGCUACCGCGCUGCGCCGAAGACCUGUGGUCCACGAAGAAUCACCCUCGCCGACCCCAACUCCCACAGACACCCCGAGGACUGCGAGUCCAGCCCGAGAGGAAAAGGAAAAGAUCCAUGUCGUACACCACAAGCCUCGCACGCGGAAACGCCGCAACACAUUCAUCUUCUUGCUUGGAAGCUUGUCGGGAAUAAUAGCCGCCGGCUUCGCCAAGACAAAUGACCUGAUAGACUUUCCCGAGAUUGGUGAUCUGGGAAUGAGCAUGGACAGCUUGUUAGAUGUGCUACCUGCAGGCUUGGUCAAGGAUAUGUCGGACCUAGUUAGAGGCGAACGCGAUUUUGUCGACAGCUCUUCCGAGCCCUUCUCGGUCGGAGUCAAAGCCAAGACUGAGGGUCUACAGGCACAUUUUCCAGUGGUCAUGGUGCCAGGUGUCAUCUCCACUGGCUUGGAGUCGUGGGGCACCGCCAACUCCUCUCGUCCCUAUUUCCGGAAAAGACUCUGGGGAAGCUGGACAAUGAUGAGGGCACUAGUUCUGGACAAGGAAGCCUGGAAGAGGCACGUCAUGCUUGACAAAGUUACGGGUCUUGAUCCUCCUGGCAUCAAGUUGCGGGCUGCUCAGGGUUUCGAUGCAACCGACUUCUUCAUCACAGGGUACUGGAUCUGGAACAAGAUCUUGGAGAACCUGGCUGCGCUGGGAUAUGAUACCAACACCGCCUUCACCGCCGCAUAUGAUUGGCGAUUGUCGUACCCGAACCUCGAGGUGCGAGAUCAGUACUUCACCCGGCUCAAGAUGGCCAUCGAGACAGCGACCAUAACUUCGGGUCGCAAGGCUGUGCUGGUGUCUCACAGCAUGGGCAGCCAAGUUCUGUUUUAUUUUUUCCAUUGGGUCGCCUCGCAAAAGGGCGGAAAAGGUGGUGACGACUGGGUAGACCGUCAUGUCGACUCAUGGAUCAAUAUUAGUGGGUGCAUGCUGGGAGCCGUGAAGGACCUGACAGCAGUUCUUUCCGGAGAGAUGCGAGACACGGCCCAGCUCAAUGCAUUUGCCGUAUACGGCCUCGAGAAAUUUCUCAGCAAGGAGGAGCGAGCUCAGAUGUUCCGCCAUAUGCCUGGUAUCUCUUCUAUGUUGCCAUUGGGUGGCGAGGCCGUCUGGGGAAACACCACAUGGGCACCUGACGACUUACCUGGGCAGCAAAAGUCGUAUGGUCCAGUGUUAAACUUCAGGAAAGGGUAUGGUUACAACAAAACGGCACCGACUAGGAACAUGACAGUCAGCACCGCCAUGCAGUACUUGUUCGAUACAAGCGAAGAUUGGUAUCAGAACAAUGUCAAGCGUAGCUACUCACAUGGGGUUGCUCACACCAAGGCCGAAGUGGAUGCGAAUGAGGACGAUCCUACAAAAUGGAUCAACCCAUUGGAGACUCGCCUUCCUCUCGCACCGAAUCUCAAGAUUUACUGCUUCUAUGGUGUCGGCAAGCCGACGGAGCGCGCAUACUACUACCGGACGCCCGAGUUUCCUGCGUUGACAAACCUCAGCAUCACCAUUGACACGGGGCUGACACGAGGGGAAAUCGACCACGGAGUGGUGCUGGGCGAGGGAGACGGGACGGUGAAUCUGAUCAGUUCAGGUUACAUGUGCAACCACGGAUGGAAAUACAAGCGGUACAACCCGGCCGGAUCUAAGGUGACGGUCGUCGAAAUGCCGCACGAGCCGGAUCGAUUCAACCCGCGCGGUGGUCCCAACACUGCGGACCACGUCGAUAUCCUUGGGCGACAGACUUUGAACGAGCUGAUCCUUCAAGUUGCGGCCGGAAAGGGGGAAUCUAUCCAGAAUCACCUCGUCAGCAACAUAAUGAAGUAUGCCGCCAAGGUCAAGGUGUAUGACGAUUACCCUCAACAAGGUCCUCAACCAGCUUAGGGUUCCUGGUAUGGAUUUUUGUCAUGGCGAGAGUGCAAUGUGCAGUAUUGUUUUGUUAUUCUGGUUUUUGCUACUGGUUUGGUGCUAACGGGCUCUAUUUUCUGCGGGCUACUUGGGAUUGAUUCGAUUUGUAGAGUCGGCGUUACGGUAUAUACCUAUAUAGAUAGAACAGGGGACAGGAUGCGGGCUGGGCGCCCAGCGUCAUGACGUAAAGAGUGGGUUUGUGGGCGGCUUUAAGAGGAUGAAUUAAAGGAUAGCAUGUAACGCGGAUGUGUAUUGAUACAAAUACGUUUUUAAUCUUGUGCUCUGCUGAGCUUUGUGGCUUUUGUUAUACAUAAUGUCAGAUAUGAAGAGUUCAAGCUUUGAAAAGUGAA